CGCUCCCUCUCCCUGUCUCUCUCUCACAUCCGUGCGUUCCAAGCUAAAGCGAUAAACCCAACCUCCCUUUCUUGUCUCUCUAACAUUUGGGCGAAAAUAUUUCAAGAAAAAGGAGGGAAGAAAAGCGUGGAAAAUAUGAAGAAUCUGUACCCUAAAGGGAAGGGGAAGAUCCACCCAUCGCCGGCAUCGCCCUCCGCCUCCGCCGGCGGGGGGGCCAACGAUGAUGCGCUGGCGGUGCUGAAGAUCCUGCCGGCGGCGAUCCUGGCGCUGACGGCGGCGCUGGGGAACGAGGACAAGGAGGUGCUGACGUACCUGAUCACACGGUCUUUGAAUGGCGCGGGGAUGGUAACGGCCACGGGGAUCGGCGGUGGCGCCGGUGGCUGCGGGGAGGAGAGGCGGCGCUGCCGGCGGGUUGGGGGAGUCCACCGGCCGCUCUUCGACUGUGGGUGCUUCGACUGCUAUAGCAGUUUCUGGUCCCGCUGGGACUGCUCUCCUGAUCGCGAGCUCAUACACCAGGCCAUCGAGGCCUUCGAGGAGCACCUGGCCAACUCCGAGAGCAAAGGCGGCGGCGGCGGUGGCGGCGGAAGGGGGCGGCGGAGGGAGCGAAGAGCUUCGGAUCUUUCGGAGAAGGGAAAGAAGAGCAAGGAAAAGGAAACGAGGAAGGUAGAACAGAUCAUCGAUGAGAAGCUUCUGGAGGCUCCGGCUGUGAGAUUCUCCGGCGAAGAUAACGCGGUGGAGGUGGAGGCCACGGCAGGGGGAGGCGGCAACGAGAGGACGGAGGUAGAAGAGGAGGCAGUGGAGGACGUAAAUGAGGAGGCGGCGGCAGCGGGGGCCGAGCGGCGGCGCGGGUGGCCGGACAUGAUGGGGUUGCUUAAUUCACGUUUGUGGAACCUUUGGAGUCCGGGCGUCUGAGCGCCAUUGGAUAUUGCACUCUGGCCCAAAAAAAAAUCGAAAGAAAAAAUAAAAAAACAUAUGGCGGUAGGUUUUAUUUUCCACUGGAAUAUUAUAUAUUUCUAUGUUUCCUUUUUGGUCUUGUAAAUUUCUCUCUCUCUAAAUUUCCAGAACUUUUGGUAGUCUUGCCGGGUGAUA